AUAAACAAUCUUAAUUCUAUGGUAACGAUCUAUCAUGAGAUCGAGUUGUCUUCCCUUACAACAAAAUGGCGACGUUCAGUUCGUUCGACGACGACAAAAUAGUUAUGAAUGGAGCGACUGUCUCCAAAACCGUGACCAAAAAUGACACGGAACGAAACACGGAUUCUGAGAAAGUGGGAUACACGUGCUGCAUGUCCCGUCUACAUCCGGGUACCGAGGUCGUGUGCGAAAAAAGUGGAACGCCUGACGCAAACUUUAAUGAUUUGGUUAAAACAAACCAGGAGCCUCGAAAAUGGGUUAUAGACACAGUAAAAGAUCGAUUUCUGAAGGUCGUACAAGAGCAGGAGAUGGUUCAGGUGAACAUUCUGGACCCCAACUCGCAGGAUGACGAGUACAGGCACCUGGUACAGGCCCUUCAGGAGUACACGCAGACCAUCAAUGAGGUCGCGCAGUGCAUGUACGAUGUUAUCAGAGAGGUGGGAUUGCCCAGCCUGGAUGACCAGAUGAUGGUGCAAAUGGGGCGGGAGGGCGUAGAGAUCGAGGCGAUGCGCGCCACCAACAAACUGAUCAGGAUCCACAAGGCGCUCUUGGAGAGCAGCCACAGCGCACUGCAGAUCGCUGAGGAGGAUGGCGCUGCGAGUCGAGCACUUAGAAAAAGUGGUCGCAGGAGAGUCAGAUGCUUCCCAUCAGGCAUCGAAGAUGACAGUGACACACGGGCAAUCAUCGAGACCACGCGGGAACACUCGGAAACCCUCGGAAACAUUGUACUGACUUUGAUAACAGAGCUUAUCAACAAGUACCGACUCCCGUCGAAUCUCAUGGCCCGACUUGAAGAAAGGAUCGUCCAGCAGCAUGAGGAAGAUAUGGCGGAAAAGGUAAACCAAAUGCGGAAACUGAAAAAGAUAAAGCAGAAAGAGGCGGGCAAUGUUGUAAGGAAUAAGAAGGCUAGGAAGAAGGAUAAAAGAGCCAUCUACAAGCAGCUGGCUAAAGAAGAGGCAAAGAAAAAUGAAAGUGGGAACCAAAGUGAAGCCAAGGUUUCUCAGGUUUCAAUACAAGGUUCAGGUGGAACCGAUUUGGUUGAGGUUAUUGGGGAAAAACAAAACGGGUAUGGGGCAACAGCUAUUCCAGUUGAUGAGGCGAAGGCAAAAGAAGAUGAAACUAAUGAUGACUGGGGAAAUGACCGGGCAUUUAAGGAGAAAUUCUGCGCAGUCCUUCAAGAGAAAUUUUCAUACAAAUUCAGCCAUACUGAGGCUGAGCUAGAGAACACUGAAAGAGAAACGAAGAAAGAAUCUGAUGCAACUUCUGAGGAGAAGGAGAAAAAAGAACUGUGUCUUGAAUCAGCUCUGGUUCGGAUGAACGCGUCGUGCGCAAAGAGGUCGUCGAGGAACUGGAAGAAAACAGCGCUGUUUCAGCAGACAAACGAGAUGUUCAUGGUGAACUUCUACACGUUGUCAACCGCGUUUAUCAACGAGCUGCACUCGAUGAAGCAUGAGGCGUUGGAGCAGAGAAAGGACCAGACAAUGAAAGAUCUCCACAACAGACUGCAGAAGAUGAAGGAUGAAAUGGCGAGGGUUGAGGACGAGGUGGCUGCGGAACUGGCCGCAGAACUGAAACUCAGGACAAGACUGAUUCUUGAAGGCAAUUCAGAUAUAUGAUAACAAGGAAAUUUACCUUGAAGUUGGUAAAUGGUUUUUAUUGUUUUAUUGAAAUUUUGAAAAAUUUAAUCGAAAUAACUCAGGACUUUGCAUCACCAUUUUUGAGAUAUAAUAAUGAGUAAAUUUGCACACACAAAAUAUUUAGUAAAUUAAUACUGAAUAUGAUGUACAUUGUUUUUGGUUCGAUUGAAAGUUUUGAAAAAAAAUAUUGCUGAAAGUACUUGUGAUGAAACUGAAAUAAGAUUACAACAGGUUCUUUGCAAUUUGACUAUAGUUUAAAUAGAACACAGCUUAUGCUUUUAGGUAACUAAAACAGAACAUACCUAGAACAAAGCAGGUUCUUGAAAGCAGCUAGAAACAGAACUAGGUGUCAGGAAAUCUUUAUGUCAAAUGGAUGAGAACAAAAAACUGGAACACACGAGUUUUGUGAGGUACAUUAAGAAGAAUAUUGUAAGUCAAAACUAGAACAUUGCAAAGCAUGUAAGCAACAAAAUCAGAAUUGUGUAGGUUUCAACUAGAACACAGCACAUUUAAGAUGACCAAUAAUGCAGAACAUAGGAGAACAAAGCCACAUUAUGUCAUGUUUUUUUAAAGCGGUUUGAACAAAGCCUGUCGGAGCAGGCCUAGAAUGCAUCACUUCCUUGUGGCAGCCAGACAUUGACAUGAUAGACCAAAAUUCCAGCAGAGCAUCUCAUUGAUUUGGUACAACUACAGAAGAAAGAAGAAACUAUAUUUUAGAUCUUUGAAUGCUACAAAACGUUGUUUUUUUUAAGAUACUAGUAACUCGAAAGAAUCUAGAACAGAACAUUGUUGAACAUUACUUGAGCAGGACAUCAAAGUAUGUAUAUUGAAGUGAUGUCUUGUUUGGAAUAUUCAGGGUUUUUUAACAGCCAGUGGCUUUUGAAUUGGGGGAAAAAGCGCACAAAACAUUUAAACUGGGAAAAAUAAAAAGUUCAAAAGAAAUUAAUAUUCCUUGUAUGCUGAUAUUUUAAUUAAAUAAAUAACGAACAAAUUGAAAAGAAAUAAUUCUGCACAUUGUUGAAAUACUUUUGGAAAUGUUGAUUUAAAAAGAUUACAUGAUAUUAAUGUAUGUGAUAUUAAUGUAUGUUUAAUUCUUGUUGUAUGAUAAUUGAUAUAAUACACUGAGACAAAUUGAAUUGAUUAUUAAAGCAAAAUAAAUUACUUAAAGGACAUGUUUUUAUUCUUCUGACAAUUUUUUUGAUAUACUGGUCAGCAUUUCGUUUGAUACAUGUAUUCUUAUAUGGUAGUUAUUAUUUCUUAAGCAUUCUACAGCUUGUUUGUCAAAUGAUUGUUUGCACAAGUCAUUGUUUACAUAGCUAACCUUGGCUUUUUGAUUUGAUCUCUGUACAUAGGUGGACAUACAAAGCCCCCAAAUAACGAUAAAAAUAGAUUAAAUAAAGUCUUUGUUUCAUACAUUUUCAGAAUAGAUAUUUGAAGUGAUAUCAUUUCACUGAAUAUAGUAUUUUUCUUCUAUACUGUAUCAUUGUUAUUUUUUUUCCAAUUUUAGACAGGGUUUAUUGAAUCAAGGUACAUGUUAUUUUGAUGUGUUUAUACUUAAGUAUAGUCAUUUUGGGCAUUAAAUAUUUAUGUUUUUUGUUUUGUUUUGCAACAUGUUUUAAUGACAGGGACCUAUACAAACAAGUUUGUAUAGGUCCCUGUUUAUUAUAAUGUUAUAUUGAUUCAGAUAUAAGUGUGGAUGGUGUAAAAAAAAUACUAAAAUAAUUAAAUGUGAGUGUGCUAAAUAUAUUAUAAACUGGUAUAUGUAAUAAUAAUUUUGUUAUUAUGUAUUGAAUUGUAAAAACAUAUUUUUUAAUAAUUGUUAAUAUAUAUUGAAUCUGAAAAAUAUAUUGUAUAUGUCUCUCAGUUCAUUUGAAGUUUGUACUAGUAUUUAUAUCAUUUUUUUGUCCGAUACCGGUUUCACCGGAGGGGACUAAUGGUUUGCGCUCUGUCAGUCAGUCAGUCAGUCAGUCAGUCAGUCAGUCAGUCAGUCAGUCAGUCAGUCAGUCAGUCAGUCAGUCAGUCUGUCUGUCUGUCUGUCUGUCUGUCUGUCUGUCUGUCUGUCUGUCUGUCUGUCUGUCUGUCUGUCUGUCCGUCACACUUUUCUGGAUCCUGCGAUAACUUUAAAAGUUCUUCAUAUUUUUUCAUUAAACUUGAAAUAUGGAUAGAUGGCAAUAUGGACAUUAUGCACGUCAUUUCAUUUUGUUCCUACGUCAAGAAUUAUGGUUGCUAUGGCAACAAAUAGACUAGAAAUAGCUGCUGAAAAUAGUGGUUUUCUGGAUCCUGCGAUAACUUUAAAAGUUCUUCAUAUUUUUUCGUGAAACUUGAAACAUGGAUAGAUGGCAAUAUGGACAUUAUGCACGUCAUUUCAUUUUGUUCCUAGGUCAAAAAUUCUGGUUGGUAUGGCAACAACAACAACAACAAAAAUUGUGACAAUAGUGGAAUUUCUGACAAUGUUGGAGCAGGUAGGGGACAUAUAUUGCUCGGCAAUAGUCUUGUUUUAUAAGUUCUGUAAUUGUAAUGUGUUUCUACUUGCGACCUUCACUUGAUUUAUUUUCUCUUUUGGAACUGUUCAUAAUCUAUUAAUAUCAUUUAUUUUUUAUUUUGCAAAUUUUCGUAUAGAAUAUUAAUUUGUAUGUGAUUGUUUUAUGUUGUUGUUGUAUGUUAAUUUUAUGUUCUUGUUUUGGUCUCAGAAGCUAUUUUAAUGAACUCUAAAAUUGUAAUUUAAAGUUACUUACUUUAAAAACGAACAAAAUAUAGACAGUUAACUGUAUAUUUGGUUAAAACAUAAGAUUUUUAUAUUUCAAUAUGACACUUCAUCUUUGUAAAAUUGAUAUUAUUUUGAUUGCAUUUACAGUAUUUAUAGUCAGUUUACAGUUUGUUCCUUUAAAGGGACCUUUUAACAGAUUUUGGCAUGUAUUGAAGUUUGUCAUUAAAAUGCUUUAAAUUGAUAAAUAUAAGCAUAGGAUCUAAAAAGCUGCAGUAAAAAAUACCAAGAACAAGAUUAAAGAAAGAAAAGAGUAACCCUCAACUGGGCUCGAACCACUGACUCCUCCAGUAAGUCUAACGCUUAGACUACAUGGCCAUAUGUGCUCAUACAUUGAGUGCUGUAUUGUAUACUUUAUAUAAGCAAUUCUCAUAGUGUCACAAAAUAUAACGACAACAACAGAACUCUCCAAAUUAUUCAAUCGUUUCGCGUUUCAAACACUUAAUAAUUUUCAGGUUUUUAAAUGGUAAAAAGAUGCAUAUCAUGGAUAUUUUAUAGCAUGAAUGUUCAUUAUUAUUUUCUCCUCACAAAUAUCAUAACUACAACAAAAAUGUGCUGUCUGUCUGUCAUUGUGUCAGUCAGUCACUGUAUGUGUAUGUCCCAAAACUUAAAUCUUGGUUAAAGUUUGAUAACUUUUGCAUUAUUGAAGAUAGCAACUUCAUAUUUGGCAUGCAUGUGUAUCUCACGGAGCUGCACAUUUUGAGUGGUGAAAAGUCAAGGUCAAGGUCAUCCUUCAAGGUCAAAUGUCAAAUAUCAUUGUAUUUUUCUUUCCUUAAACUUUAACCUUCGUUAAAGUUUGGUCAUAACUUUUUUAAUAUUGAAGAUAGCAACUAGAUAUUUGGCAUGCAUGUGUAUCUCAUGGAGAUGCACGUUUUGAGUGGUGAAAAGUCAAGGUCAAGGUCAUCCUUCAAGGUCAAAUGUCAAAUAUCAUUGUAUUUUUCUUUCACUCUUUUUUUUCAUAGUAAAUUAUGUUAUAUAAUUAUCUGGGAGAGGAUCCAGAUAAUGUUGCAAAAACUUGUAAUCCAAUCCCAUGCAUAUUUGAUGCAAUAAAUACGUUUAAACUAUUUUUCUUUCCUAAAACUUUAACCUUCGUUAAAGUUUGGUCAUAAUUUUUUUAAUAUUGAAGAUAGCAACUAGAUAUUUGGCAUGCAUGUGUAUCUCAUGGAGAUGCACGUUUUGAGUGGUGAAAGGUCAAGGUCAUCCUUCAAGGUCAAAUGCCAAAUUUAUGGCUUCAAAGCGGCGUAAUAGGGGGCAUUGUGUUUCUGACAAACACAUCUCUUGUUUAAUUUUGUCAAUUUGCCAAAACGUGAAAAGGUCCCUUUAAAGCCAGACAGUUCACCUAAUUAUGAUGAUGAGGCCGACUUCUCAUUUACUUGACGAUAUAUUAUGUGUAAAACAUGAACGUCUCAAUGUUAUUAUGUAAAAAUUACUUUACAUGCCUUUACAUGAUAAUUGAUAUAUUGUUGAAUCAAAAAUGAUGAAUAGGCAUCCCGUGGACUUUAUUGAAUGAUUGUGUAUGCUCAUGUACAUUUUAAAUGGAUGAAUAACAUCAGGCUGAUCUCUAUAGAUAA